GAUUCCAACCUUGUUUUGCUCCACGCCUCCUCCUCCUCCUCCUCCCUCCUUGUGGUUAUUACGUGUUGACCGGUCGGACCUGCCUCCCCCCUCCUCCUCCUCACUCCCUCUCUCCCACUUUUCUCGGGCUUUUUCCACGCCGCGUGUCAUUCCAGGGCUAAUUCCUGACAUUCCUGCUCUGGCUUCAAGCCUCCGGGAUCCCGGCGAGUCGCAGACGGCUGCCGGCCUCCACCUGCCCGCCAGCCCGCUCCCAUCCUCCCUGCAGGUCUUUUCCGGCUGCAUUUGGAACCUCAUCAUCAGCAUCGCGUCUGAGGAUCCUCUGGUGUCCGACCCCUUCACCACGUUCACCUUUCUUCCCACCAUUAUCCCUCACGCCCAGCAGAACCACCGUCCUCCUGCUCCGUGGUCUUCUUCCCGUCUUCCCACCACGUCUGCGGAGUGGGUCCCGGCUCCCUCCCCCAGGGGUGGGAGUGAGGAGCUGGGCGACGGACUGGACAAACCCUUGGAGAACGAUGCGGAGGGCGUGUGGAGCCCCGACAUCGAGCAGAGCUUCCAGGAGGCCUUGGCCAUCUACCCGCCAUGUGGCCGUCGGAAAAUCAUCCUCUCUGACGAGGGCAAGAUGUACGGACGGAAUGAGUUGAUCGCACGCUACAUCAAACUUCGCACCGGGAAGACGCGGACCAGGAAGCAGGUGUCCAGCCACAUCCAGGUUCUGGCUCGACGGAAAGCCAGAGAGAUCCAGGUGAAGCUGAAGGACCAGGCGGCUAAAGACAAGGCGCUGCAGAGCAUGGCCACCAUGUCCUCGGCCCAGAUCAUCUCCCCCACCGCCUUCCAGAACAAGAUGGCUCUCCAGGGCUUGUCUAGGCCGGCGUACCCCCCCACUGGCGGGUUUUGGCACGGGACUCUUCCAGGGCAGCCAGGAGCACACGAAGACAUUAAGCCCUUCUCCCAGCAGAGUUACGCCAUGCAGGCGUCCGGCCCGACCCCCAUAACAGGUUAUGAGAGCACAGCAGGGCUGGCCAUGUCCCCUGGCGCCCCCCCCUGGCAGGGGCGCUGCAUCGCUGGCUCCAAACUCCGGAUGUUGGAGUUCUCCGCCUUCCUGGAGCAACCUCAGGACCCAGAGACUUUCAACAAGCAUUUGUUCGUGCACAUUGGCCAGUCCAACCCCACGUACAGCGACCCCUAUCUGGAGUCCGUGGACAUCCGGCAGAUCUACGACAAGUUCCCCGAGAAGAAGGGCGGGCUGAAGGAGCUCUUCGACAAAGGACCCCACCACGCCUUCUUCCUGGUCAAAUUCUGGGCCGAUCUGAGCGUGAACCUGCAGGACGACAGCAGCUUCUUCUACGGAGUGUCCAGCCAGUACGAGAGCUCCGAGAACAUGGUCAUCACGUCCUCCACCAAGGUCUGCUCCUUCGGCAAGCAGGUGGUGGAGAAAGUGGAGACCGAGUACGCGCGCUUCGAGAACGGCCGCUACGUGUUCCGGAUCCACCGCUCGCCGCUCUGCGAGUACAUGAUCAACUUCAUCCACAAGCUCAAGCACCUGCCCGAGAAGUACAUGAUGAACAGUGUGCUGGAGAACUUCACCAUCCUGCAGGUGGUGAGCAACAGAGACACGCUGGAGACACUGCUGUGCAUCGCGUAUGUCUUCGAGGUGUCGACCAGCGAACACGGGGCCCAGCAUCACAUCUACAGACUGGUCAAAGACUGACUCGGCCCAAACGGGUCGGGCACCCGCUCAGACCUCCACCAGAACCUCUGCGACCCCCGAGUCCAGAGAACGACUACUGAACUGGAGGGAAGCGAUGAAGCCGUGUGCGAGAGGACCGGGGGGAACUGGACGAGCCGGCCGUCUGCAUGGCCGCGGUCCAGGCUGCUUUGAUUUGUGCUUUGUGUUUACCACUCGUGCAUGUGGAGCGGAUGUUUGCGGCUCUCAGGCGCCCCCUACUGACCGGACAACGGAAGUUUUUUUUUCUUUUUUUUUUUUUGCACAACUGCGUUUGUGUUCGUUUGAGUCUCCUCUGAUGUGACAGAGGCUAAACCACCGACCGGGUUUCUGUCUGUGAUUUUACAUGAAUAAAUAAAACAAGAUCCGACAGAAGAAGGUCGCGGCCGAGCGGAGUUCGGAUCUGUGUGACUCGCAAGUCAGACUUGCCCGGAAGUGACAAUAAACGCUCAAGUUUCUUACCAUGGCUGCUGUUCCGUUGCACCUGGUCAUAAUCUUCCGGCUCAGACAGUAGCGCCGGCGGCAGCCGAACAAGGUCGUGGGUUCAAAUCCAGCAUGUGGCGACUCCAAACUGAAGCCGUUUCUGUGAGGUUCUCUGGGCACUCUGGUUUCCUCCCAGCGUCCGUAGGUGUGAAAGCUCUCCGGGACGCACACCGGUCCAGAACCAGCCCAUCUGAAGAGACAGAAAACUAAUAUUUUAGAACCGAGGAGCCAUGAGUUACUGUCCAAGGGCAGUAAAUGUCUCCAUCUAGCGGUGGCGAGGAGACACUACCGUGAUAAAAAAUCAGACGCUCCGUUCAAACAUAGUUUUGUCGUCAACAUUAUAGCGAAUCCUCUCUGGACUUGAACUGCACUUUAGUUUGGAGCAUCGCUGCUGGAGCGCCAGAGAAGGUGAGAGAAGUGACGUCACGCCUUUCAAAGCAGGUCCAUGUUU